AUGAAGUUCAUGAGAAGUUUGUCGGCUGCUACUGUAGCAGUGAGCGGUGCAACUGCUCCAAAUGCUCUCAAAGUCACCAGCCAGAUUUCUAUAAGAAAUGUUGCCGCCACAAUUGCCUACGAAACCAUGGUUUACUACAAAGGCAACACGACCGAUCCUACGUCAAGGGAAUUUGGAAACGUCCAAAAGCCAUAUUACUGGUGGGUUGCGGGUGCUCUUUGGGGAGCCCUUCUCGACUACUACCAUUAUACGUCCGACCCGAGCUACAAUGGAGUAAUUAUCCAAGCAUUGCUCGCACCGACUAAUCUCGGUGCUGAUAAUUACCAACCCCCCGAACAUGCCGACGAAGAAGGAAACGACGAUCUGUUCUUCUGGGGUUCAGCAGUGCUAUCUGCCGCUGAGCGAAACUUCCCUCAGCCAAAUUCCGAGCUCCCGUCAUGGCUCGACAUCUCUGAUAAUAUCUUUAACGAACUCGUUGGGCGCUGGGAUACACAGCAUUGUGGCGGCGGCCUCUUCUGGCAGAUCUCACCUGAUAACCCAAAUGGCAUGACUUAUAAGAACUCCGUUAGCAAUGGUGGGUUCUUCCAGCUUUCUGCCCGGUUGGCUCGCGCGACAGGAAACAAAAACGACACUUACCUCAACUGGGCUGAGAAGAUUUGGGACUGGACAGCUGAGAUGGGUAUUCUUGAUAACAGCACGUACCGUGUCUACGAUGGCGCCAGCAUUGACACCAACUGCAAGGGCGUCACUCAAAAGUCCUUUUCCUACACCACGGGCAUCUUCUUGUACGGUGCUGCCGUCAUGACCAAUGUCACCGGUGAUGAGAAGUGGCUUCAAAGGACCCAAAAGCUCCUCGACCAGGCUGGUGCUCACUUCUUCACUGAUGAUAAAAUCAUGUACGAGCCGGCAUGUGAGCCGAAGAAGACGUGCAACUAUGACAUGAUUACCUUUAAAGGCUAUCUUUCCCGCUUCAUGUGGCAGACGGCACUCAUGUUGCCCUCGCUCCGCGACAAAGUCGACUCAUUGAUGAUUCCGACCGCGCAAGCCGCUUCUUCUAUUUGCACGGGUGGAAAGGACGGUCGACAGUGCGGCAUGAAGUGGUAUACUGGAUCGUUCGACUAUGCCACCCUUGGCGGACAGAUGGGUGCGCUUGAAGCCGUUCAAGGUCUGCUUAGCCACGGGUCCGCUGCUCCUCUCGAGGGUAAUGAUAUUGAGUGGGUUAAAAAGGCUAGUUUUAAGCCCAUUGACCCUUAUUCUGAAAUCGCUUCCACUCAGACUAGUUCUACGGUUGUUGUCACCUCUACGCCUUCACCUACGACGACAACUUCAACAACUGCUAAGCCUUCGAGUACGACGAAACACAAAAAUGUGGCAACGCCAACUGGCUGCGCUGAUAAUAAGUUUGCAGGAGUUGUUGUGGCGGGCUUGGUUGCUUGGGGAAUGACAUAG